GUCCACGGCAGGUUGGUCUCUUCAUCUCGCGUUGGGUCCGAUCAGCCAUGGCAUGCACGUCUGGCUCUCAACCACAGCUCUCAAUUCCAAGGCCAUUGUCCCCCCAAAGGUAUGCGAUAUUAGGAGGCAAGAACAAAAGAAGUGGCGCCGCCCGGCCUGCAUCCUGGUGCAUUCUGCGGCAUCGAGCGGCGUCGAGCCAGGCCAGUCGUUCCCCAUAUCCCCAAUUUGCAGUGCCAACCAUGCGCCCUUGCCGGGCUCCUCUGGGCACCAUCUCGCUGGCCAAGCGGAAAAGGUGCCGGAUAAGUCGCGUCGAUUGGCGGACAGACGGCCAGAAUGGUCAUUUGUACAGCUCACAACCGCAUCGUUGACCGCGACGGCUGCCCAAUGUGCGUGUUACACAGGGAACGGCGUGGUCAUGAGUGGCCGUGGUUUGAAAAAGGCCCGGACAGGGUCCCUUCGCCAGCGAUGCGCUGCAGCCCCGGCCCUAGCUGUCUUGCAUCUUAGGAGGAUCUAAUGUCGGGAGUCCGUAGUUGGAAUUAUAAGUACAGGCGGUGAAGCUUCUGCUUCGAAUUCCUUCUCUCUCUUCCCUCUUCCUUCCGUCCAUCUGUCGUCUCCCUCGGUGCACACUCCUUCGACCCGCGACUAAACGCCUCCCGACUAACCGCGCCCUGACCGUGUCCCGCUGCUCGUCACCUCACGAAACGCCCCCCAAAAAACGGAUUCCCCCUUUCGAAACCAGGGCCGGUCAAUAAGGAGGCCGUCCGUGCAGCGAUCCAGGCACAAGUCGCAGCAGUCCUGCAGCAGCUUGCAGACGAGCGUCUUCGGACUUCAACUCAGUGCUCUAAGUUCUGCAAACGUGUAAGGCAGAGGCAUCAG